AUGUAUCAACCACAGAAAUUUUACCCACAACAGACCGCUCACUCCCCGCCACCCUUACAGCACCCGAUCCCCACUCAUCCACCGAUACAAAUGCCUGACCCACCGUCUGGUCCGCCUGGUUCGCCGCCUCCACCAAUACCAACGGGAUAUAGUACUAUGUUGGGACAGCCAAUGUCAACACAAGGAAAUUACCAAGGGUGGCAUCUGGAGGGAGAAACAGCGCAGAUUGGAUUACAGUUUGGGAAGAAUGCUGUUAUAGCUGGUAGCGAAUAUGUUGAGAAGAAUAUAAACCGCUACGUAAAUUUUCCGGCUCUCAAACAUUAUUUCAACGUGAAUAAUUCUUACGUUGCAAAUAAGAUUCUCCUAAUAUUAUUUCCUUGGCGGCACAAGCCGUGGACAAGGUUGGUGAGAAGAUCUGAGCAAAAUGGACAAAUGGAAGGGUAUGAGCCACCACGAGAAGAUACAAAUUCGCCUGAUUUGUAUAUUCCAACAAUGGCUCUCGUAACAUACGUAUUACUUACAGGAAUAGUAGCAGGAACUGAGCGCAAAUUCCAUCCAGAAGUAUUGGGAAUGAAUGCUACAGCAGCAUUCCUUAUUGUUAUUUCUGAAUUGGCGUUCAUAAAGACUGGAUGUUAUCUGUUGAGUAUCACAUCUGAAAGUCAGUUUUUGGAUAUCAUGGCAUAUAGCGGAUACAAAUUCAUCGGAUCGAUAGCAACCUUGCUUGUAUCUCUCGUGGCUCCAUUCUGGGUUGUUCUCGUAACAUUCUUUUAUGCUGCAUUUGCCAACGGAUUUUUCCUUCUUCGGUCUCUUCGGUACAUUGUGAUUCCUGAUACAACAACGACAGUUAGUGUUCCUCAGCACGUCCCGGGAGCAUCUAUUUCCAGACAACAGUCGCCGUCAAUCAAACCUAGAGAGAUUGUAUCAACGAACUUUUUAAUAUUUGACGAAGUAGUUAAACCCAGUAACUCAGAAUGGAGAUUGUCAAGCGGAGAACUCGUCAAAAAUGUCCUCUUACAAAAGACCUCAAUGGUUGCGAAACAUCGCUAUCCCCGAGAAAAACCGUAUUAUAAGGAGAAGGCUCUGGAUAUAACCCUAAAUACUAAUAACCCUGUAGUCAAACAAUGGCUAAGCACACUAGAUUUGAGUAAUGUGCCUAAUUUAGGCCCCUCUAAUGGUGGGAAUGUUAAUUACAAUCCAACAUUGCGUGGACCACCCACUGUAAUCGCACCAAACCAGGGUUCAUGGACAUGUCAAAAGUUCGUUGCUCCGGAUGACAUUGCUGACUGCCCUGAUAAGUUCACCUGGGGUCUCAAUUUACUCCCGCAUUAUUGGCGGCAUUGGCAGCCAACAAGGUCCAUGCAACAUUCUUUGUCAUUGGUUCUCGCAUGGUGUGUUCUUAAAAACAUUAUCGGUCAAG